UUUACUGUCUGCAUUAACAAACACACACUGACACACGCACAGAGAGGCACAGACGAUUUCUACGCGUCCCGUUCGUUCGGCAAAUAACCUAUUAAGAAGGAAAAUGUGAAAGUCAACCUAUUUUCAACGGCAAUGGAGCAGAGGAGUUGCUGCAGUUUUAUUUCCCUCGUCUCUACCUUCUUUCUCAUCGCUUCCUCCUCUGCCUAUUCCCUCCCAACUUCACCUUUUCUCGGAAUUAAUCCACAAGAGGAGAAGUACUACACAUUGGAGGUGAUCAAGUGCAAGGACGGAUCAAAUUUCUUCACCAAAGACCGUCUCAACGACGGAUUCUGUGAUUGUGCCGAUGGCACUGACGAGCCUGGGACUUCAGCUUGUCCUGAGAGCAAAUUUUAUUGUAGAAAUAUAGGAACUACACCCCAGUUGCUGUUUUCUUCUCAAGUUAAUGAUCAGUUGUGUGAUUGUUGUGAUGGAAGUGAUGAGUAUGAUGGUGGCAUCAAUUGUCCAAACACAUGUGUCAAAGAUGGGAACAUUUUUAACAAUAAUGAUGAUCCUAAUUCAACAAAAACAGAUCGUGACGGUUUUGAUACAGCAGAUAUUAGAAGUAGUGUUAGCUUGGAGGAUUUAAUUCAGAAACUAAAAGAAUUGAAGAUCAUAGUUAUUGGAGAGGCUGUAUUUGUCAGUUGUCUGGUGGCCUUCCGACUAUUCCGGUGGCGUGUCAGGUCUAGGCGAAGACGGUACCAUUGAAGGGGUGAAGUCUGACGUUAGCUUGGUUAGUUGGGUGUGGCUAACUGCUUUGUUUUGAGGUUGAGGGUCUGUCUUUGAUGUCUUUCCAUUCUGGAUCUCCAAGUCUAACAAGAGCAGGAGGUUGACCACACCAGUUCAUCAAAUGGUACAAUUUAGUUUUAUGAUGUAAUAAGACGAGAACAAAGAACCACAUGGGGUACUUCAGGGGAGGCCUUUAGGUUUGAUAAUUCUCAUGCUAUGAUACCCAGAUACCUGUACAGGGGUGCUGUAUCAUGUUGGAUACUUCAACUUUUAGUGUAAAUUCCAUAUCCAAUACUAUGUCUAGUCAUGUCCGUACACCACCUGGCUCACAUAGUUCUCAUGGCAUAAAAAUUUUGUCCUAGUGAUAUAUAAUUUCGGUAUUACCUGAGCAUUGCAACACUUUUGGACUGAUGAACCUCCAAUAGAUCUUAGAGAUGUUAUUUGGAUAAUGUCAAAACACUCUGGAUAUUGUGUAGAUCUUCUUUGGGAUUUCACUUGAUUUUAGGCUAUUUCUAAAGUUCAAA